UCACUCGUAACUGGUAUUAGUUUGCAGUUGCAGGCGCUAGGAUUGACGCCACAUAUGCAGCAACUGGAGAACAUUGAUAUCAAUACUCUGGAAACAAAGUUAAAAGAACUAGAAAAAAGUUUCAUCCUGCAGAAAAAGACAUUAUUUGAUCCAUCAAAGAAAUUGAAUGACAUGAAGGUACAUAUGGCCCAACUUGAAUGGUACAAAAAGAAAACUAAGAAUUUACAAUUAGGGUACUAUGACAGCUUCAAAAACAUGAACACACCAUUUCACCAUGAUGUUGUUCAUUUCCAAAAAACGCUCAGUAGUUACUGGGAAAAGAUGGUUGCAGAAGUUGAUUUGAAGCCUCAAAAAGAAGGUGCAGCGUUUCGUACCCGUUGGCUAUAUGGUGGGACUACAUACAGGAGAAUGGUUGAACCUCUAGCUAUUGCUGAUUACUAUAGAGAUGGUGGUAAAGACUAUGUUAACAAAAAAAGGUCGAAACACUUCAAACAGUUGGAGGAUUGGUUGAUGGAAGAGUCAAAAAAUGCAACGAGUGAUAUAAACAGUACGUGUAAAAAGAAUGUGGAAGCUAUUUUGACUAUAGAUUCUUGCUUUUGGGCGCAUGUUGAAGAGGCUCUCCUUUUAUGCCAAGAGUUGAAGGUUGUCAAAGAGAAACAAGUGACAUUAAAGAACUUGUUUGAAUUUGAAGAGUAUGUUUAUCAGUUGCUGAAGGAUUAUGCAAUCUCCCCAGAUAUAUUUCUGGCACAAAGCAGCUAUAUUCGUUGGUGGAAUGAGUAUAAAGCAAUUAAGGGAUCAUCAUACACUUCAGCACUCGCGAACUUCAUGAGCAAUGCUUCAAACUUCAAGCAGUAUGCUGUAGGAGCUUAUGAUUUCCCCUAAAGUGUAUUCACUGUGUAAUAAAGAUUGAAUAUUUCAAGUGUGUAUCAUAACUGUAUCAUAUGUUAUUUUUUUUUCCCUAGAAAAACAAACUUGUGUAUUUGGGUGGAGUGGCAGCUACCCCUUGAAAUAUUUAUGACUAUGUGUGUUGCAAGGUUGGUCA